AAGUUUGUUCAUCAAUAUCCAAAAUAAACAAAAAUGGCCCUAGUUGGAAAGGUGGAAGGUGAAGUGGAGAUCAAAGCUCCUGCGCAUCUCUUUCAUGAGGUAUUCAGCUGCAGACCACACCAUGUUAACAUUAUGAGCUCUGACAAGGUACAAGGCUGUGAUCUUCAUGAAGGUGAAUGGGGUAAGCAUGGUAGUGUCAUCUGCUGGAAUUACACUCAUGAUGGAGUUGCCAAAGUUGCGAAGCAGAUUAUUGAAAACAUGGAUGAUGAGAACUUUUCGAUCACUUUCAAAAUGAUCGAAGGAGAUCUGCUCGACGAAUAUAAGGAAUUCAGGCUAAUUUCUAAAGCUACACCAAAAGAAGGGGGAGGCACCUUGGUUCGCUGGACAUUUAUCUAUGAGAAGUUGCAUGAGGGAAUUCCUGAUCCUCAUUCAUUGCUUGAUUUCCUUCUCCAUCUCAGCAAAGAUAUUUGCUCUCACCUCAGCCAAAAUGAAGUCACCCAACCCGAAAAAUAAUUACUAUAAUUAUUACGGUCUUGGUUUUAAACAUAUGAAAAAUUAUUAUUGUCUAGACCGUAUUAAUAAUUAUAUAUAGUGCGUGAUUGAACGAUGUUUGAAAUAAAUAAAUGAUAACGGAUUAAGGAUGUUGUUGGUACAACAUUAGAGGAUUCUAAUCCAAGUUUAUAUAUGGAUGUUGUUUUUUCAUCUUUCUAAGUGAAUAUUAUGCACUUUGUAAACGUUUGUCUGGUUUUCUUUGUAACUUCAAUUUUAUGAAAUAUUUCGAAGAUUAUUCGAAA